AACCACUUAUAAAUAUCCGACCAAAUGAGUUUAUAAUUAUAUCACCCUCAAAUUUAAUUCUGAUUUUUUUUCUUUUCAUCAUUAUUUCUUCUAGUCUAAGUGAAGAUUCAAAGAAACAAAAUUUUUUAACAACCCGUGUUGUUCACUUUACAGCCUUUUCCUCUGUUUUUUCUCUGUCUUCAUUCCCUGCCAAAAAAUUCACACAUUCUUCAUUUAAAUUUUGAUCUUUGCAAAUCAUCAAAUUCAAAUUACAACCCACUUCUAAAAAUGCAAAAUUUAAGAUGGGUUCUGAAGCUUUUGCUGAUUCUUUCAUUAUUUGGUCAAUUGUCCAAAUCCCAAAAUCAUGAAACUGUAAUCUCAAAUUGUAAUGCAGCUGAUAGAGCUGCACUUCUUAGCUUCAAAUCAAAAAUAAUCAAGGAUACUACAGGAAUACUUGAGUCGUGGACCGGCUCCGAUUGCUGCGGAGAAAGCUGGGAAGGAGUUGAAUGUAAUCCUUCAACAGGAAGAGUUACUGCAUUACAACUGCAGAAGCCUUCUGACAGUGACAGUAUCAGUGAUGAUAUUUUCAUGGCAGGAACAUUGUCACCUGAUUUAGGUAACUUACAGUUUCUAGAAGUGUUAGUGAUCAGUGGAAUGAAACACAUUACAGGAAACAUUCCUGAUACAAUCUCCAACUUAAGACACUUAUCACAGCUUGUCCUAGAGGGAAACUCGUUUGUGGGGCCCAUUCCUUCCGGCUUCGGCCGCCUGUCAUCCCUUAAAACACUCAUGUUAGACGGUAACCGUCUUAGAGGUCAAUUGCCAACUAGUUUAGGUAAUCUCAAGGGUCUCCUACAACUAAAUUUAGGAAAAAACUUGCUUUCUGGUCCUAUCCCACCUACUUUUAAAAACCUUCAGGGUCUGCAGUUUCUUGAUCUUAGCAGAAACUUACUGUCUGGUGUAAUUCCUGAAUUCAUCGGGCAGUUUCGUAAUCUGACAUUCAUUGAGCUUUCUAAUAACCGGCUUUCCGGUCCAAUCCCGGUAUCAUUCUGCAGUCUUACUGCACUUUCAGAUGUUUCUCUUAGUGGAAACCAGCUUACAGGAAAAAUUCCUGACAAAAUUGGUGGUCUGAAGUCACUUACUAGUCUUUCCCUCAGUAAUAAUCAUCUUACAGGUCAAAUUCCUGAGUCUCUUGCUAGUUUAAAGAACUUAUGGUACUUGAAUUUAUCAAGCAAUGCACUCCAAAAUCCUUUGCCAACUUCUUUUGUCAAAGGUUUAGGCUUGCCUUCUUUGCUGUCAAUUGAUUUGUCCCACAACAAACUUAGCUUAGGGACAGUUCCUAAUUGGAUUAGGACCAGAAAACUUACUGCUGUUCAUUUAGCUGGUUGUGAUCUUAAAGGGACUCUUCCUACUUUCAUUACACCUACCCCUUUAACCUCUAUUGAUUUCUCCAAUAAUCAUUUCAUUGGUGGUAUCUCAACUUUUUUAGCAAAAAUGUCAAACUUGCAGUUUCUGAAAAUUUCCAAAAACCAGCUCAAGUUUGAUGUUUCUAGCAUUGUCUUACCUAGGGGAAUAUCAUCUAUUGAUCUCAGCUCGAACCAGCUCUUUGGACCGCUUUCGGCUUUCAUCAAUAACCACACAACCAGCUUCCUAGAGGUUAUUGAUGUCUCAAGGAACAUAAUUUCAGGCACUAUUCCUGAAAUUAAAGAAGGGCUGUCACUGAAAGUUUUAAACAUUGGGAGUAACAGGAUUACAGGACAUAUACCAAACUCAAUCUCAAACUUAGUUGAGUUACAAAGAUUUGAUAUACGCCGUAAUCAAAUCUCCGGUACCAUCCCCUCGAGUUUAGGACUACUUGUGAAGCUACAAUGGCUAGAACUGUCCAUCAACCGCCUCACCGGAAACAUUCCAAACAGCUUGCUUGGAAUUGUUAACCUGAGACAUGCUAAUUUCAGGGCAAACAGAUUAUGUGGAGAAAUACCACAAGGCAGACCAUUCAACAUAUUUCCUGUUGUAGCUUAUGCACACAAUCAAUGUUUGUGUGGAAAACCCCUGCUUCCUUGCAAGAAGGAGAAGAAGAACCCACCUCAAAUGGGCCAGUAAAACUAGCUGACUCUUCUUGAUUGAUAAGAUACUCAAAUUUGAUUUCCACUUAUAUUGCCAACAUGAUGCUUUUCAUGUGGUAUAGUAGUUAUUUAUAUUCUUUCCUUGAUAUGUUUGCCUCACAAACAUCCUACAUUGUACUUUGGUCAUAUUAUAAAAUUAUCUAUAUUUUUAUGUUCAAAAUGUUUGGUUGCACAUAAGCCGACUGUAUUAGGCUAACGGUUACUUAUGUUUCGUAUUUUUUUGACCACUUAA